AUGCACCAAUUGAAGAAUCACUUGGUGAAUUGAAUUUGGGUGGAAAAGAAGAAGAAAAAGGCGCCAAAAACUGGAGGAGUCGAGGAAAUUGUUGAGGAAAAAGCAAAAGGAUCGAAUUUGGAGAUUGGAAUUGGCGCGCAGAAUUUAAUCGAUGCCUCAACUCCAUGGCCAGAUUAUAGUUACGAAGAGGCUCUUUCGUUGGUCUUCCAAAUUAUGCGAGAUAAGAAUCCUGAAUUGACUGGAGAAAAGAAGAAGUUUGCGAUCAAAUUGCCGGAAGUUGGAAGAGCUGGAAGUAAAAAGACGGCGUUUUCGAAUUUCUUGGAGAUUUGUCGACUUAUGAAACGACACGAUAAACAUGUUUUGCAAUUUCUUUUAGCUGAAUUGGGAGCGACGGGUUCGAUUGAUGGAAAUAAUUGUUUGAUUGUUAAAGGACGAUUCCAACAGAAACAUUUUGAAAGUGUACUCAAGAAAUAUAUUAGUACGUGGUGCAAAAUUGGAGCUAUCUAUGACGUGGCAAACGAUUUUUUUCGCAAAAAUAAGCUGAAAUUCCCACGCAAAUUGUAUUCUUUCUGAUGCAAAUCAUGCCGGAUUUGAAAAUUUCAGCAAAAACCCAGAUUUUCUGUAUUUUUGCUGAAAUUUUGAGAUGAAAAAUUAAAUGAAAAUUAAUAGAUGAAAAUAGAGAUAAAUCUUGAAGUUCUCACGCCGGAUCUGAAAAUUUCAGCAAAAUCUCUGGAAACCCGGAAUUUUGCUAAAAUUUUCAGAUUCCACCCAGCGAAACUAUCGUCAAAAAUAUAAAGAGUUGAUUUUCUCAUGCCGGUUCUGAAAAUUUCAGCAAAAACCCAGAUUUUCUGGAUUUUUGCUGAAAUUUUGAGAUCCCGCGCAGGCAAAUCUAUCGCCAAUUUUUUUUCGAGCGAAGCGAGUGUAAACCGCAAGCUUCCGCGUCAGCGGCACUAUCUUCCGCUUCAGCGGCCACGUGGUUUAUGAUACUGUAAAUUCGCCACGUCAUAGCCAUCCAGGUGGCCGCUGACGCGGAAGCUUCCGGUUUACACUCGCUUCGCUCGAAAAAUCGAUUUUCUCAUGCCGGAUCUGAAAAUUUCAGCAAAAUCUCUGGAAACCCGGAGUUUUGCUGAAAUUUUGAUAUUCCACGCAGACAAAACUAUCGUCAAAAAUAUUUCAAAUAGUUCAUUUUCUCAUGCCGGUUCUGAAAAUUUCAGCAAAAACCCAGACUUUCUGGAUUUUUGCUGAAAUUUUGAGUUCCCGCGCAGGGAAAUCACAGGGUGUAAUUUACUACCUCAAAUCGCUAGACCUCAAAUUUUUCAUUAAUUUUUAGGUAGAUCAAAAAUCAUUUUUCUCUAAAUCUCUCGUUUUUGCGUUGAAUUUUGUCGAUUUUAGUCCCACCCCCAAGAUCGUGUCAGGUCUCAAAAAAUGCGCGAAAUUUUUCGGGUAGUAAAUUACACUCUGUGAAAUCUAUCGUCAAUUUUUUUCCGAGCGAAGCGAGUGUAAACCGCAAGCUUCCGCGUUAGCGGCACUAUCUUCCGCUUCAGCGGCCACGUCAUAGCUAUCCACGUGGCUGCUAAAGCUGAAGCUUGCGGUUUACACUCGCUUCGCUCGAAAAAUCGAUUUUCUCAUGCCGGUUCUGAAAAUUUCAGCAAAAACCCAGAUUUUCUGGAUUUUUGCUGAAAUUUUCAGAUCCAGCACAGGGAAAUCUAUCGCCAAUUUUUGAAUAAGAUUGCCACGUCAUAGUAAAAAAUGUAUUUUCCCCCGUGUAAAAAUCCAAUAUUUUUGCAGAAGAAUACGUAAUGUGCCACACCUGCAAAUCCUCCGACACCCAAUUAACAAAAGACACCCGUCUCUUCUUCCUCCAAUGUAACGCGUGCGGUUCGCGUUGUUCCGUCACCGCAAUCAAAUCCGGUUUCUCAGCUGUCGUCGGAAAACGUGCGGCGAUUCGACGAGCCGCCGAAGCAACGGCUGGAAAAUAA